AUGACAUCGGGUGCGGAGCUCAUGACAAAGGCCAUCCUCCAAACUACAAAGGAGCACGGCGAAACACCCGUAGCCGUCCACGCAGCAGGGUUCUGCGGUGAUGGUACCAGGUUGGUUGUGGGCAGCAAUGAGAAGCACCUGCGCAUCUACAACACCACGACCCGCGACGAGCUGCGUGGUCCAAAGAAGCUCCUCCCGAAGCCCGCCGAGCCGGAGGAGGGUUGGACCGAGGAGAACCCUGAGCCGGAAGAUGAGUACGAGGAGGGUGACCCAAUCUUCUUGGCCUGCCACAAAGCACCGGUGGUGUGUCUCUCCUUCUCACCACUGGAUGGCAACCGCCUUGCGACGUGCAGCACGGAUGCGACAAUCCGGAUCUGGGAUCUCAUCAACAGUGAGUUUGAUGCCGAGCUCAAGCAGGUCAUCGAUCCAAUCCAGUGCUUGUCUGGCUUCGUGACCUGGUCCCCGGAUGCUACCUCACUGGUGUCGUCGUCAGAGGACAUUUAUGUUGGACUCUUCUCAGCAGUCAGUGGCCAGCGCCGAGCAGAUCCCCUUCAGGGCCAUCUGGCAAGUGUGCGGUAUGCUGCCUGGGCUCCGUGCUCGCAAGCCUUCGUCACAUGCUCGGACGACCACACCGUGCGCUUGUGGCACUUCUUGGUCAAUAGGAACAUUACCGAGAUUGCCGUGCUGGAAGGUGAGCAAAUGGAGUUCAAUGAUGACAUGCGAAAGUGGAACGAAAGCUUGCACAGGAUUCGAAACGAGUUCAAGGACUACAGCAAGGGCCUGUCCGACUACGAGACUGAAGUCUACAGCUUGAAGAAGCACCUGGACGAGGCCCUGAACAGGACGAAGUCCUACGUGUCUCGAGAGCAACUUCUUGGCCUGGAAGUGACGGACUACUACGAGCUCGACGGCAUGAUCGACGACUUCAAUCCCUACUAUCUGCUUUGGAGCACCGUCAUCGAGUUCCAACGUUCAGACAAGAAGUGGACGACGGAGCCCAUCGCAACUCACAACUCGACGGUUGUGGAGAACACCAUCGAUGGCUGGUACAAGCUGGUCUACAAGAUGAUCAAGGACUUCGACAACGACAACAUGAGGGCUGCGCAGAAGAUCGCCAAAGAGUUGCGUCAAGGCCUCGAGGAGUUCAAGGGCCGCUUUCCUUUCCUGCGCUGCUUCGCGAACGAGUCAGUUCUGGACCGACACUGGAAAGAGAUGUUCGAGCGUAUGGGAGACGCGGCUCCUCCUCCAGCCCUUUAUGGCAAUGACUACCACAAGGUGACACUGAAAAUGAUGUUGGACUACAACAUUAACGAGUUCACGAAUGACUUCGAGGAGCUGUCAACAGCAGCAGCAAAGCAGCAUGGUCUCAAGAAGGCCAUGAGCAACAUGAAGAUCGAGUGGCAGCCUCUCGAGUUCGCGACAGCUGAACGCAAUGGAGUGCCAUUGCUUCGCGGCAUUGACGAAAUCCAGACGGUCCUUGACGACCACAUUUCCAAGACUCAGGCUAUCCGAAGCAGUCCCUUCUGCAAGCCCUUCGAGGCAGAGGUCCACGAGUGGGAGCACACACUGAUGUACAUCCAGGAUUUCAUCGACCAGGUCAUCGCCCUGCAGAGGAGCUGGAUGGCACUCGAGCCGAUUUUCGCGUCGGACGACAUCAAGCGUCAGCUGCCCCAGGAAUCCGAGUCCUUCGCUCGGAUUGAUAGCAACUUCCGCAUGCGCAUGGCGCAAGUUGACUCCAACAAGAACUGCAUCGCCAUUUCCAAGAUUGAGAACAUUGUGGAGGACAUGACAGAGGCCAACGUCACGAUUGAGAAGGUUCAGAAAGGCCUCAAGGACUACUUGGAGACGAAGAGGUUGUACUUCCCACGCUUCUUCUUCCUGAACGAUGCUGACCUGCUGUCGAUUCUGGCGGAGACCAAGGAUCCCACCCUGGUGCAGCCUCACUUGAACAAGGCCUUUGAGGGCAUCGCCAAGGUCCGUUUCGACUCCAAGAACGAAGUCAUUGAAGCGAUGACUUCUGGAGAGGGCGAGACUGUUGACUUCACCAACAAAGUCGAUGUCAUGAAGCCUGGAAAUGCUGGUGCAGUGGAGUGCUGGCUGGUGGAAGUGGAAGAGUCUAUGAUGGACAUCCUCCGCGAGGUCACUGACAAGUCGAACAAGGCAUACCCAACAGCAGACCGGGUGAAGUGGUGCUGCGAGUGGCCUGGCCAGGUUGUCCUAGCAACGGACAUGAUCUUUUGGACAUCCGAAGUCACCGAUGCAUUGAAAAAGGGGGCGAUUGCAGAAUAUGAGAAGAAGCUCUUCAAGCAGCUGGAGGACAUCGUGGUUCUAGUUCGAGGAGAGAUGACCAAACUCAAUCGCGUAACCGUGGGUGCCAUGGUGACACUGGAUGUCCAUGCGCGAGACGAGGUGACGAACCUCGUGCAAAAGCGUGUGGACUCUCCAGACGACUUCGCAUGGCUGUCACAGUUACGAUACUACUGGCAGGACAAGAACUCCUUCGUCAGAAACGACACAGGCAAGGAGAACGACAAGAUGGAGUGCAAGGUCUCCAUUGUGAACUCCACUCUGCUGUAUGGCUUCGAGUACUUGGGCAAUUCGCCUCGUCUUGUCAUCACCCCGCUCACAGACAGAUGCUACCGAACCCUGAUGGGUGCUUUUGCGCUUUACUAUGGCGGAGCGCCCGAGGGGCCUGCGGGGACAGGAAAGACUGAGAGUACCAAAGACUUGGCGAAGGCAUUGGCCAUCCAGUGUGUGGUCUUCAACUGCAGCGACUCCAUGGAUUACCUGCAGCUGGCCAAGUUCUUCAAAGGCCUCGCUUCCAGUGGCUCCUGGUGUUGCUUCGACGAGUUCAACCGGAUCUCGCUCGAGGUGCUGUCCGUGGUUGCUCAGCAGAUCCAGCAGAUCUCCCUUGCGAUCAAGCGCCGAGUGGAGAAGUUCGUCUUCGAGGAGACGGAGAUCAAGCUGGUGCCCACUUGCGCAGUGAACAUCACCAUGAAUCCUGGCUAUGCUGGUCGAUCUGAGCUUCCAGACAACCUGAAAGCACUCUUCCGACCUUGCGCCAUGAUGGUGCCCAACUACGCUCUGAUUGCAGAGAUUCGCCUGUACUCCUUCGGCUACUCGGAUGCCAAAGUCAUCGGCACCAAAGCCACCAUGGCCUUGAAGCUGUCCUCAGAACAGCUGUCUCCACAGCGCCACUACGAUUUCGGCAUGCGCGGUCUGAAUGCUCUGCUGGUGGCAGGUGGCAAUGGCAAGCGAACAUACGGCGACAAGUACCCCGAGGAUGUCAUCGCCUUGCGAUCAUUCACAGAUGUCAACCUGCCGAAGUUCACCACCGCAGACUUGCCCCUGUUCAAGGGUAUCAUUGGCGACUUGUUCCCAGGAGUAGAGCUUCCACCGAGCAAUGCUGGAAAGCUGAUGGCCACGAUCGACAUGAUUGCUGAGAAGAGGGGGCUGCAGCCGACCAAGCCAUUCACCACAAAAGUCGUCCAGCUUUGGGAGACCGUUCUGGUUAGGCACGGUCUGAUGACAGUUGGAAUUCCACCGUGCGGCAAGACCAACGUGAAGAAUGUGCUGGCAGAGACCUUGGGUGAACUGGCAGAUGGAGAAGAAAUGAUGCCUGUGACUCAGUAUGUCAUGAACCCCAAAUCAAUUACUCAAGGGCAGCUUUACGGCGAGAGCGACUUGAACACGCAGGAAUGGACAGAUGGAGUGCUGGCAAUCGCAGUGCGCGAGGCCAUGAAGGCAUUCGGCGACGGUCGUCGUCAGUGGGUCGUGCUAGAUGGGCCGGUCGAUGCCAUCUGGAUCGAGAACAUGAACACCGUGCUUGACGACAACAAGAAGCUGUGCCUGAACAGUGGCGAGAUCAUUAAGUUGUCGACUGUGACUACGAUGUUGUUCGAGGUUAGGGACUUGGACUAUGCCUCGCCAGCAACUGUGUCCCGUGUGGGCAUCGUGUUCCUGGAGCCUGACACCGACUUGGGCUGGAAGCCGAUCGUGGACUCGUGGCUGCUCACCUUGCCUGACUACAUCAAGGAGGAGCAUAGAGAUCAGCUCUUCUCGCUGUUUAACAACUACUUCGAAGUGCUUCUCGAGUGCACACAUCGUGUGCGCACUCCUUUUGCAGUAUCUGACGGGUGGCUCUGCUGCAUGGCAACGAGGAUGAUGGAUGCUUUGAUCUCAGAUGAAACGGAAGGCUUCUGCAAGGCAGAAGUGAAGAUCCCCGAGGGUGAGGAGCCAGAUGACGACAUGGACCUGGGGCAGAACUUCAUGGACCGAGAGAUCAUGAUCUUCCAGCUUUUCUGGUUCACCAUGACAUGGACUUGCGGCGCAUGCACUGAUGCAGAUGGCCGUCUAUUCGUGUGCGACAUCAUCCGCCAGUGCAUGGAUAACAAGAAAGACUUGCUGCAGAAGUUCAACUUCGUUGCUGACUUUGCAAAGGUCGACAUCACUGGUGGUGGCAGCAUGCCAUCCGCACCUCGAAAAGGGCUGCUUCAUGAUUCCUUCAUCGACCCCGUCGACGGGGGGAAAUGGAAGCCGUGGACAGAGCGGAUUGAAGGCUUCGACAUUCCCAAGGACACGCCAUACCACACAAUUGUCGUUCCUACAUCGGACACGUGCCGAAAUCAGUUCCUGAUCCGGACACUGAUUGAGAGGGGCUACAACAUCCUCAUCAGCGGACCGACAGGAACUGCAAAGACGGCGUCCAUCCAGGGCAUGUUGCUCCAAGGGUUCAGCGCAGACAGCUACGCGACCAACGCCUUCGCAUUCUCUGCUCAGACGACAGCUAAUCAGACGCAGGAUGUCAUCGAUGGCAAGCUAGACAAGCGCAAGAAGGGUACAUUCGGGCCACCGCCAAACAAGAAAAUGUUGGUCUUCAUCGAUGACUUGAACAUGCCCUUCAAGGAGGAAUAUGGUGCGCAGCCUCCAAUUGAGAUUCUUCGCCAGAUGUUCAUUCUCACGCCCUUUGGAUACGGCUGGUAUGACCGCAAGGGAUGGGAGUUCCGACAGCUGAUUGACAUUCACAUGCUAGCCGCCAUGUGCCCACCAGGCGGGGGCAAGAAUGACAUCACAGACCGAUACUCCCGAUGGUUCAACUUGCUGUUUGUCACGCCGUUUGAUGAGGAGAGUUUGAGCCGGAUCUUCGUCACGGUGGUGAACAAGUUCAUGAGCGUCAUGGCUCGUGAUGUCCUGGCAGCAGCAUCGGGUGCAGUCACUGCGACGCUCGAGGUUUAUACUACGGUGCUGAAGGAGUUGUUGCCUACGCCUGCCAAGUCGCACUACACUUUCAACAUGCGAGAUGUUUCCAAAGUUUUCCAGGGGAUUUGCCAGUGUUCGCGUGAAUCGCUGCCCAAGGUAGAUGAUCUUGCCAAGUGCUGGCUGCACGAAUGUGAGCGUGUCUUCAAGGAUCGCCUGACCACAAAGCAGGACAUGAACUGGUUCACCAACCUGUGCAAGCGCAACAUGGACAAGCACUUGAAGCGUCCAUAUGAUCAGGCAGUGAAGCUGGAGCCCGUGAUCUUUGCAGACUUCUGUGACCCCAAGUCGUCUGCAUAUGUUGAGAUUCAAGAUCAUGAGAAGCUUUCUGCUAAAGUGCAGGAAUGCUUAGACGACUACAACUCGGUAAGCAAGAUUCGAAUGGAUCUUGUGCUGUUCAUGAGCUUCAUCCAGCACAUUUGCCGGGUGAUUCGAGUGCUGAGACUUCCGCUGGGCAACGCACUGCUGGUGGGCGUCGGCGGCAGUGGACGUAAAGCCACAACUACACUGGCAACUUACGUUGCGCAGUAUGAUCUCUUCCAGAUCGAGAUGUCCAAGGGCUACGGCAUGAACGAGUGGCAUGACGAUAUGAAGCGCAUGCUCAUGAAGAGUGGCUCCCAAGACACGAAAACAACAUUCCUGUUCUCUGACACUCAGAUUGCAAAGGAGGCCUUCCUAGAGGAGGUGUCUUCAAUUCUGAACACAGGCGAGGUGCCGAAUCUGUACGCGAACGAGGACCGUUUGGAGAUUACCGAGAAGUGCAGCAAAGGUGCGAAUGCAGCUGGCAAGAACACGCCUGCAGAGAUUUUCGGAUGGUAUGUUGAAGAGUGCCGGAAGAACUUGCACAUCGUGAUCUGCAUGUCUCCGAUUGGGGCUGCUUUCCGAAACAGGUUGCGAAGCUUCCCUAGCCUGGUGAAUUGCUGCACCAUCGAUUGGUUCCACGAGUGGCCGGCGGAUGCCCUCUCUGCGGUGGCGAAUCAGUUUUUGUCCAAGGACAAGGACCUGGAGUUCGAUGAUACCAUCCGAAUGAACGUGACCAAGAUCAUGGUGCAAGCUCAGCAGUCUGUCUUCUCCCUGUCAGAGAAGUUCCUCUUGGAAGCCAAGCGCCACUUCUACGUCACACCGACCUCCUACCUGGAGUUGAUCAACUCCUUCAUCUCCACUUUAAAGAGUAGACGUCAGAUCGUGCAGAAGGCCAAGUGGCGUUAUGACACUGGGCUGGAUAAGAUCAACGACGCCAAGGAGCAAGUAUCCGCUCUUCAGAUCGAGCUGAACGAUUUGGAGCCUGUCUUGGAGAAGGCCGCCCAAGAAACAGGCGAGAUGCGCGAGCGAGUGGAGGCGCAGCAGGCAGGUGCGGUCGAAAAGAAGGCUGUGGUCGAAGAAGAGGAAGCCAAGGCCAACGCACAGAAGGCCAAUGCUGCGGCAAUCAAAGCCGAUUGCGAGAAAGACCUGGCUGCCGCCCUGCCAGCUUACGAAGCAGCCUUGGAGGCAUUGAGCAAGUUGUCAAAAGGCGAUGUCGGAGAGGUCCGAGGUAUGAAGACCCCUCCAGCUGGCGUGGUGCUGACAGCGCAAGCUAUGUGCAUCAUGUUCGAGGUGAAGCCUGUGAAGGUGGCUGCGGCGGAUGGCAAGGGCAAAGUGGACGACUACUGGGAGGCCGCCAAGAAGGAGCUCUUGGUUGACCCGUCGCUGAUCAACCGCAUGGUCCACUAUGAUAAGGACAACAUUCCGGAUGCUGUUAUCAACAAGGUGAAGCCCUUGUACGAUGAUCCAGAGUUCGAGCCAGACAAGAUCAAGAAGGGCUCUCUUGCUGCCAUGGGUAUCUGCAAGUGGGUGCGAGCAAUGGUGGUGUAUGACAAGGUCGCGAAAGAGGUGGGCCCCAAGCGACAAAAGUUGGCAGGGGCCGAGGCCGAAGUUGCGGAAGCAGAAGCCACAGUUGCGGCAAAGCAGGCUGAGUUGAAAGAAGUCAUGGACAUGGUGGCGGAUCUUGAGGCCCAGCUUCAUGAAGCCAACGAGAAGGCCAAAGAGUUGUCGAGAAAUCAGAAGGACUGUGCUGCCAAGCUGGCCCGUGCAGAGAAGCUGAUCGAUGGACUCGGAGGCGAACAGGCAAGCUGGACUGCAAAGAGCAAGAAGUUGGGUCUCGACUACAACAACCUGACUGGUGAUAUCCUGAUUGCUUCGGGAAUCCUUGCAUACUUGGGAGUGUUUACAAGCCAGUACCGAAAAGAAGCCUGCGAUGGAUGGUUGCAGAAGCUGUCCGACUUGAAAAUCCCAGCCAGCAAGGAGUUCAGCUUGCAGAAGUGCAUUGGAGAUGAGGUAAAGAUCCGUCAGUGGGUUAUCGACUACCUGCCGAAUGACUCGUUGUCUAUCGACAAUGCCAUCAUCUUGGACAACUCGCGCAGGUGGCCGCUAAUGAUCGAUCCGCAGAUGCAAGCCAACAAGUGGACGAAGAAGAGCAAUCCUGACAUUAAAGCUCUGCGUCUCAACAUGCCUUACAUCCGAGAUCUCGAGAACUGCAUCCAAUUCGGCACCCCGGUACUCAUCGAAAACAUCGAGGAGGCUUUGGAUGCGAUCUUGGAUCCAGUUCUGCAGAAGGCAACCUUCAAGCAGGGAACACUCACCAUGGUAAGAUUGGGUGACUCCACAAUCGAGUGGUCCAAGGACUUCAAGCUCUACAUCACCACCAAGUUGCCCAACCCGCACUUCCCACCCGAGAUUUGUGUGGCAGUCAGCAUUCUGAACUUCAUGGCCACGCAGGAUGGCCUUCAGGAUCAGAUGCUUGGAAUCGUCGUGGCUGCAGAAGAGCCGGCCACCGAAGAGAAGCGAGUGAACCUGGUCAUCGAGUCAGCCAAGGCGAAGGCGCAGCUGAAGGAUCUGGAGGACAAGAUCCUCCAGCUGCUGAGCUCGUCAACAGGCAAUAUCUUGGAUGAUGAGGAGCUUAUUGAGACUUUGUCCAGCUCCAAGAUCAUGGGCACCAAGAUCGAGGAGCAAGUGAAGCAGCAGGAGAUUACAGCUGUGCAGAUCGCGGAGGUCAGGCAAGUCUACAAGUAUCAUGCACUGCGGUGUGCUGCCCUCUAUUUCAUCAUCGGCGACCUUUGCAUUGUUGAUCCUAUGUACCAGUUCUCGCUGGAUUGGUUCAUCGCCAUGUUCAACCAGUCCAUCAGGAUGGCAGAGCCAAAGGAAAGCAAGGAUGAGCGCUUUGUGGAGCUGUUCCGCUCGUUCAUCGAGUUGCUGUUCGUGAUGGUCUGCCGCGGCCUCUUCGAGAAAGACAAGCUUCUCUACUCUGUCAUGCUCUGCCUGAAGUGCCAAGAGAUGGAGAAGGAGCUGAAGCUGAACGAAGUCAUGGCUCUGCUCACAGGCUUGCCGGGAGGCGCCAAGGAAGAGAAGCCAGCUGAUUCAGGGUGGCUCACGGUGGUGAGCUGGAAUCGAAUCAAUCAGCUGCAGACUCUGGGCGAUGUCUUUGAUGGAUUUGUUGGAGAGUUCUCCGCGAACAUCAAGCAAUGGCAGGAAGUAUUCGACAGCGACGUUCCUGCCGACGUCGAGUGGCCCAACAACUUCAAGUUGAAGUGCAGUCCGCUCCAGAAAGCACUUCUGCUUUUUGCGCUCCGCCCAGACAGCACAGUUGGUGCCUUGAUGGCCGUCGUGCAGGAGAAGCUCGGCAAGUUCUUCCUGGAGCCACCUCCGCUGGACUUGGAGGUCUGCUACAAGGAUUCGACACCGUCAAUUCCGCUUAUUUACAUCUUGGCCUCGGGCAGUGACCCUAUGGCAGACAUCCAGAAGCUGGCCGAAGGGUUGGACAUGCUGGCGAAAAUCAAUCCCAUUAGCCUGGGACAGGGGCAGGGUCCAAAGGCAAUUGCUGGCAUCAACGAGGGCUCGCAGUCCGGAAAGUGGGUGCUUUUGCAGAACUGUCACUUGGCUCCCAGCUUCAUGCCAACGCUCGAGUCCAUUGUCGAGAAAUUCGACCCCGAGAGCAUGAACCAGGACUUCCGUCUCUGGCUGACGGCAUGCCCCUCACCGGCCUUCCCAAUCUCCAUUCUGCAGAUGGGUAUCAAGAUGACCAUCGAGCCACCAAAAGGUCUGAAGCAAGCAUUGCUUCGAGCAUACUUGGGCUUUGAUGACGAGUGGUUCCAGGACUGCCAGAAGAUCAGGGAAUUCCACAAGAUGUUAUUCGGCCUCUGCUUCUUCCACGGACUCAUUCUGGAAAGACGCGGCUUUGGGCCUGUUGGCUGGAACGUUGCUUAUGGUUUCUCGGAGCCCGACCGAGAAAUCUCGCGGCAGCAGCUUCGAAAUUUCUUGAACGAGUUCGAGGGAGUGCCAUAUGCUGCCCUGAACUACAUGGGCUCAGAGGCCAACUAUGGUGGCCGUGUGACAGACAACCAGGACAGGCGACUUAUCAUCACCAUCCUCCAGGAUUUCUACAACCCGAAGAUCUUGGACGAAGAUUACAAGUUCUCCGUUUCUGGCAUCUACUACGCGCCGCCGCACGCAGACACCUUGAGCGCCUACCUGGAGUUCAUUAGGUCGCUUCCAAUCAGCACGACCCCAGAAGUCUUCUGGCUGCACAACAACGCCAGCUUGACAGCAGCUAUCAACGAAGGGCUUUACAUCACAAGGAGCUGUUUGUCGCUCAUGAGCUCCUUCGGUGCAAGCUCUUCGGCUGAUGACGAUGAAGAGGGGACCAAGGUGAAAACUCCGGAGGAAAAGUAUUCAGAGAUUGCGGGCGACAUUCACACUCGCGUUCCAGAGCCAUUCGACCUGGGACAUGCUCUUCGAACGUACCCCGUCCGCUACGACGAGUGCCUGAACACAGUCCUGCACAUGGAGCUCGGCAAGUUCAACAGGCUGCUGAACCGAAUCAAGGGCACAUGCAGCAACUUGAUCAAGGCGGUCAAAGGUUUGGUGGUGUUCUCACCAGAGCUGGAAGCAGUCGCCGAGGGAUGCUUGACGAACUCAAUUCCCUCCCCAUGGAUGGGAGUGUCCUACCCCUCGCUGAAGCCGCUGCAGUCGUAUGUCGACGAUUUCCUUGGUCGCCUCAAGUUCAUGUCGAACUGGAUCAAGGACGGCAUUCCCUACAUGUUCUGGUUCUCGGCCUACUUCUUCCAACAGGCUUUCUUGACGGGUGUGCUGCAAAACUUUGCGCGAACUGACAAGAUUGCGAUCGAUCGCUGCAUCUGGAAUUUCGAGGUCCUGAAGGCCGCCUUCAAGCCGGAGGAGUAUCCCAAGAAGGGUGCCUACAUCAACGGCCUCUUCAUGAGCGGCGCCCGAUGGGAUGACGACGCUAUGUGCGUAGAGGAUUCCUUCCCGAAGGUUCUGUGGGCGGAGAUGUCACCGGUCUGGUUGAAGCCAGUCGAAAAAGCGCAGGAUGAGCAUGACUACGACAAGCUUUACAAUGCACCCAUCUACAAGACGUCCGAGCGUAAGGGCGUGCUGUCCACAAGUGGUCACUCCUCCAAUUUCAUCAUGUACCUGGCCAUCCCACAUUCAUGCAACGGAACGCACAGUGAAGAGUUCUGGACGAAGCGCGGAGUUGCCCUCAUUUCCCAGCCAGAGCGAGUUUUCCUGGUGCCGUUCCCAAGGAUGGAUACCAAUCCUCUUCGCGGACUUGACUUGAGAAGACUCGAGGUGGCCGAAGGCUUCGGCCUGCUGUGCCGCUGCAUUGUAGGGUCGCUGAUGACCUCGCGGAGGAUCAGGCAAAACACAAGAUUCAUGGCCGUGUUCUCAAAGCCUCCGGAGAUUUCGACGGAAGCCGAGGAGGUGAAAGAGGCCUGGAGGCAAAGUUUGCAAGGAAAGCGACUUCCCGGUGUGCCAGCACACCUCAAGCUGAAUAUUCUCGGUAAUGAGGUCCGAAUGAUGUAUGCGGAAGAAGUGUGGGUUGCGGCUACAUUUCGCAAGGCAUGCCAGCGCUUCAGUGACGCGGCCUUGGGCAGCACCUGGGCGAAUAGCGCCCGGACAGCUGGAUGGAGACUGCAAGCUUGCGAGUCCUUCUGGCACGAGCUUGAGGAGCUAAAGAGCAAUGAAAGCCCGCGGGGAGAGGUGGUCAUGCUGCUCCACGACGCUGAGGGGCAGCCGGCAGAGGAAGUCUUGCAGGCUCUGAAGUCGUGCAAUUUGUCGCGGUUGGUCAUCCUUCCACAUACUGCAGAGAUGAACGCAGACCAGCGGGCCAAUCUCUGCAAACAGUUUCAGUUGCGUCGAGUAAAGCUUGGCUCAGAACGGCUGGCCCCUCCUCAAAGAAUUGUGGUGCUGAACUAUCUCAUCGACCGAAUUUGGCCGCCGGUGAGUAGCACAGACUCGGCAGAGUCAGAGCAGCGCGAAAGAAAGGAAGAGGAGUUGAGACGAUUGAGGGAGGAGGAACUGAUGGAGGAACGACGCGUUGCAAGAGAACUUCGCGAAAUUGAGGAGCGACACAGACGGGAACAGGCUGGGAUGGCUGCAAAGUCAUCAGCUGCCGCUCCAGAAGCCGCCAAGGCGCCUGGGAGAGCACCAGUUCGGCGGCGAAGGAGCAAGGAUCCGGCUGGGCAGGAUUUUUCGCCAUCACGUGGAGGUGGGACCUACGACGGCAGCACUGCAGGCACAUGGGUAGACGGAGAGGAUCGUCGGCGCAGACGCAGACGAAGAAGACGAGAUGUCGACAGCACCACAGGUGGUGGUCAGGACGGAUCUUGGCGUGCAUCCGAAAGGGACAAGAGGACCUGGCGUGAUGAGAAUUACUCCAGCCUCAGCUUGCUGCCAGAUGGAAGGGACACCUCUUCACCUGUUCCUUGGUUGACAGCAAGCCCACAGGACAAUGCUGAAGGUCCGGAUGGGCUCAGCACAGUCUUGGAGACCGGAGAAAUGAAACGAACAGAGGCGCGCCCAGCUCGUGGACGGCGACGGCGAGAGCGCCGAGACUUUCGAGAACGUGGCGAUAGCUACGACGAAAACGAUACCUGGGAAAGCGCAGCCAACCGCAAAAGUCAGGAUGACAUGCAUCCUCGUGUGCCGGCAGCUGAUGGAGCGAACUGGACGAGGGACCAGGAUGACGAACAACGUCGUCGACGAGGUCGCCCCCAGCCUCCAUUGGCACCUCGCCGGGAGAUGGGAACUCUAGAAGAGGUUCCUGCACUUCCGAUACCGGCCGAAAAAGACAGGUCUCCGCAGCGGCCUGCACAAAUGAUGUCCGAAGCUGAACUACGCCAGAUCCGCUCCCUUGUUCGCGUUUGUGAACAGCUUCUUCGGGAAAGAGCCGAAGAGAAGGAGAGGGAGGCGGAGCGGGCUCGCCUCAAAGGAUCACCCAAGCAUUCCCUGUCGCCGGCUCGCAAGACUGACAGGCAACACAUGCUUCUGGGGAGCCGGUUUGUCGCGUCAUCACGUGCGCUGCCAUAA